GCAGAGGUUUCUGGGAGGCUAGAGGCGUAAUGGUGUUUGUAUGAUCCCCUGAGGCUGUUACCUCGAACUUCGGCUAAACUUAUAAGAUGACAACAGCAGCUAGACCAACUUUUGAACCUGCAAGAGGUGGAAGAGGGAAAGGAGAAGGUGAUCUGAGCCAGCUCUCAAAGCAGUAUUCAAGCAGAGACCUACCUUCUCAUACAAAGAUAAAAUAUAGACAAACCACUCAGGAUGCCCCUGAAGAAGUUCGCAAUCGUGACUUCAGGAGAGAGCUGGAAGAGAGAGAGAGAGCUGCUGCAAGAGAAAAAAACAGAGAUCGUCCAACCCGAGAACAUACAACUUCUUCUUCAGUGUCAAAGAAGCCUAGAUUAGACCAGAUUCCUGCUGCCAACCUUGAUGCAGAUGAUCCUCUAACAGACGAUGAAGAUGAAGAUUUUGAAGAGGAGAGUGAUGAUGAUGAUACGGCAGCUCUUCUUGCAGAACUGGAAAAAAUUAAAAAAGAAAGAGCUGAGGAGCAGGCCAGGAAGGAACAGGAACAAAAAGCUGAAGAAGAGAGGAUCCGUAUGGAAAAUAUUCUGAGUGGAAACCCUCUCCUUAAUCUCACUGGCCCAUCCCAGCCUCAGGCGAACUUCAAAGUUAAAAGAAGGUGGGAUGAUGAUGUUGUUUUCAAGAACUGUGCAAAAGGUGUAGAUGAUCAGAAGAAAGACAAAAGAUUUGUAAAUGAUACGCUGCGAUCGGAAUUUCACAAAAAGUUCAUGGAGAAAUACAUUAAGUAGUACAGUUUUAUGUGCUUCAUUAUUAAAAGACUGUAAAAUGUAAAGAAUUGUGCUGGCUUCAUUUUGGGUCGGUAUUCUCCUCCCCUGGCCUUCCUCCCUUGUAAUUGUGAAUAGGCUUUCCUAGUUUUAAGUUUCAAAAUUUCUUUUAGUGAUACAUUGUUUCAUAAUGGACUUGGAAUUAUUAUUUGAAUGUUUCCAGUCAUAUGUUUUCUCUUAACAUGGGAAAAGGAGAUUUGGCUUUUAAUAAAUAUUUUAAUAGUCUAUAUA